AUGAGUCUUCAAAUGGUCGAUUUGAGAGAAAGAGUUCACACACUUUUCGAUGCGAUGAAUCGAAGAGUGGAUGAGAUUGGGAAUGAAUCCAAAUUCGAUAAGAAACACGAACUUCUCAGCCGUUGGCCACAACACGAACGUCACGUGGAACUUCUCGAACGACAAAACUAUUUGGAGCAAGAAAUCGCGAAACUCGAAUGGAACAGCGAUGACGAUUUUUCGAUUGUAACUGAAAGAAUGUAA